GGACGGCGCGCUCCCGCAGCUGGCCGGGGAAGGUGGCUGAGGGGGCGCGCGGGCGCCGGAACGGGGACGCGCAGUGGCGGGGGCAGCGUCACUGGAUGCCGCCCGACCCUCCGAGCUGCGGGCUGCGGCCGGGAGAGGGUUGAAAUCUCACAAAGCCCUGAGGCUUUUGGACUGAAAAACGCUUUCCUCUCUCACUGAUAAUCUCCGCAAUGAUUCAUAGCCUUUUCUUGAUCAACUCCUCUGGGGAUAUUUUCCUGGAGAAACAUUGGAAAAGUGUGGUCAGCCGUUCUGUUUGUGAUUAUUUUUUUGAGGCACAAGAAAGAGCUACUGAGGCAGAAAAUGUACCUCCAGUUAUCCCUACCCCUCACCACUAUCUCUUAAGUGUUUACCGUCACAAGAUCUUUUUUGUAGCUGUGAUCCAGACGGAGGUUCCACCUCUCUUUGUCAUUGAGUUCCUUCACCGAGUAGUGGACACGUUUCAGGAUUAUUUUGGUGUCUGUUCAGAGCCAGUUAUCAAAGACAAUGUUGUUGUGGUUUAUGAGGUGUUGGAAGAGAUGCUUGACAAUGGGUUUCCAUUGGCUACCGAAUCAAACAUCCUCAAAGAACUGAUAAAGCCUCCCACUAUCCUUCGAACAGUUGUCAACACCAUAACAGGAAGCACUAAUGUGGGUGACCAGCUUCCCACUGGGCAGCUGUCAGUGGUGCCUUGGCGACGGACAGGGGUGAAAUACACCAACAACGAGGCCUAUUUUGAUGUGAUUGAAGAAAUUGAUGCCAUCAUUGAUAAAUCAGGUUCCACAAUCACUGCUGAGAUCCAGGGCGUAAUUGAUGCAUGUGUCAAGCUAACGGGAAUGCCAGACCUUACACUUUCCUUCAUGAACCCCAGGUUGUUGGAUGAUGUCAGCUUCCAUCCCUGUGUUCGUUUCAAGCGCUGGGAAUCUGAGCGUAUCCUCUCCUUCAUCCCUCCUGAUGGAAAUUUUCGCCUGCUGUCUUACCACGUCAGUGCACAGAAUCUCGUUGCAAUUCCAGUGUAUGUCAAACAUAACAUCAGUUUCCGGGACAGUAGUUCCCUUGGACGCUUUGAAAUAACCGUGGGACCCAAGCAGACCAUGGGGAAGACCAUAGAGGGAGUGACCGUCACCAGCCAGAUGCCCAAAGGGGUCCUGAAUAUGAGCCUCACUCCAUCUCAGGGGACGCACACAUUUGACCCCGUUACCAAGAUGUUAUCUUGGGAUGUAGGAAAAAUAAAUCCCCAAAAGCUACCAAGUUUGAAGGGGACCGUGAGUCUUCAGGCUGGAGCUUCCAAACCGGAUGAGAACCCCACGAUUAACCUGCAGUUUAAGAUCCAGCAGCUAGCCAUUUCUGGACUCAAAGUGAAUCGUCUGGAUAUGUAUGGAGAAAAGUACAAGCCCUUUAAGGGCAUAAAAUACAUGACCAAAGCUGGAAAAUUCCAAGUUCGAACCUGAAGGGAAAAUUUUGUAGAGGGACACUUUUUCAUUUCUUACUUAUCUAAAAGUUAAAAAAAAAAGAAAAAAGAAAAAAAAUCAGCAUCUCCUAGGUCAGUCCCCUCCUGGAGCCACUCGCCCUUUUUUCCUUAGCCUUCAGUGCCAUGGAACUAAUCAAGGGAGAAAAGGGUCAUUAGGGAGAACUGAAUAGAACUGAAACACAAUCAGCAACAACUUGGUCCUCAAAGAAGAGACGUGUGAUGGAGGGCUACUGGGCACCAUAUUUAGCUAUUUUUAACAUGCUUGCCAUAGAGAAAGACUAGCUUUUGUCACUUGCUUGGCUUUAAUUAUCUAAAGUCAAUGAAAGACUUCUUUGUUGUUACUGUUUUUUAAAGGUGGAAAGAAAGUUUAUUUGGAAGAAAAAUGAGUGUUAUUAAGGAAGGACCAAUUAAGGAUCUGAUCCAUGAGGGGGAAGAGAGAGAAAAGAAUAUUUAAAAAAGAGUUGUGAGGAGGUACACUAAAGUGACAGAGUGGCAAGAAAAGUGAUCAAGCCCCACAUUCAGGAGGGUCAGAAGGAAUAGAAUUGAGCUGAUUUCUUUCUGAUCCCUCUUCUCUUAUAUAUGAAAACAGAAAUGAACUGGAGACUUCUUAAAUUCUAAUCCACCAUUAACAUGGAAAACGCCAACAGAAUCAAAAUUUCCCUUGAAAACUGGGACGAUUUGUGACUAGCUUUCAGAUUGCCGUUAGUGCUUAGCCUGUCGUCUUCAGUGAGACCUGCCUUUGGCCCUGUGGUGGUAGCCUGGGAUGCCUCUUUCCCUAGCCCAGAAUAAUUUUACUCACUUUACUUCCAGAAUUCACCAACCUUUUCCUGUUUACCUGAUCCUUCUUUAGGAUUUUCUAAAAAAUAGGAGGGUUUCAGGAAAGCCAAUCCCAUAACCCCCAGUGCAGCAGCCAGAUUUGUGUCAUCCUAUUGGAGUAUAGAUGGUGGACUCAUUCCCCAUGAUAGUGGACCACAGCUAAAACUGAGUCCUUGUUUGUUUGUUAGUGCUUUGCUAAUGCUGGAUCCUAACCCUUCCUGACCAAAACGCUUCUGUCAGUCGCCCUAGGUAAAAUGAAUGCUUGUCAUCAAGGGCAUGGUUGAUUCUUGAAGCUGCUCAGUAAAGUUAUUUCCACAGUAGUUUGUUUUGUACUCUAUAAUAUAUGCAUUAACUGUAUAUAUAUAUAUAGUUAAUGUCAGUCCAUUUUUGUUCUAAGUCAAAGAAAACCCCCAAAUCUUUGAAUAAAAUUAAUGCUGUAGGAUGAUGGGCCAUGUUGAUCGUGUGUAACCCAGUUGAAGAAACAUGGUAACUGAAGGAAUACCUCAAGCUUUCCCAUCAGGUAAUUUCUAUUUUAGUUUGGUGUUGUCUGUUACCUUUUUAUUUAUGUGAAAGACAGGUUUCUUAUUAUAGCUUAAGGAAUGAUACUGUAGUCUGCUUCAUGCAUGGAGAAUAAAGACCUAUACUCUCCAAAUUGCAGAAUUUUCUCCUAAAGCCCUGUUUGCAAAUUCUUGUGCAAAUUCGCUGCUAGUGUUUUCUUCCUACUUCCUGAACUUGUGUUAUUACAGAGUGAUAAUGUUGCUUUGUGGUUUACCUCUGGGACAAACUGUGCUGUGUACAAUCAGAUGUGUUUCAUACUUCAGCACUCCAGAAUUUGUCCAGGAUUACUAUGGCCCAUGUGUACAUACUUACCAAAGUAGGGGGAACAUCUCUGGCUUUGGAAUCACUUCUACUGAGGGACCUGAAGGAGUCUGAAGUUUCCUAGGUCACAGGAAACAACCAGUCUUGGGACCUGGAUAGGUUUAGGUUUUUAAGUCCAGCUAUUUUAUUUCCUCCAGGGCAGCUCAUCCUAAUUUCAAGGAAAAUAUCUAAAAAGAUAUAAAGUAUGGAGCCCACAGGCCUAAACCUAUGAAACAACUAUCACAUCAUCUGGUUGCAGACCUCAGAGCACGGGGUUGCAUCGUUAUUGCCACGCAGUGAUGUGUAUGUUAGCAGAGGUAGUGCAGGGUCUUCCCAAUAGAGCUGUUCAGCCCCGUAUGUGUUUAACCUGCGCAGAAGUAGCUUCUCUGUUUAAAUCUCCAAUAAAUUAACUUUUACCAGUC